AUGGCCGUCGGUGCGGCCCUGCAGUCAAGAAAGGAGGAGGAACUCAACAGGAAGGAUCGUACCCUCGCGGAGUUCUUGCCCAUGAUGGAGAACUACAACCCAAUCAUCCCAGAUGCAGUGACGGACUACUAUCUUAGCAGAACAGGAUUCGAUUGCGACGACGUCCGAAUUAAACGAUUGUUGGCAUUAGCGGCCCAAAAGUUUGUCUCGGAUAUAGCGACGGACGCGUUCCAGUACUGUAAAGUGCGACAGCAAUCUCAGAAGCGCGCUCCUGGAAAGGAAAAGAAGACGGUGCUGACCAUGGAAGACCUCUCGGACGCGUUGGGAGAGUACGGCAUCAACGUCAAGAAGCCGGAUUAUUUCAUGUAG